AACACGGUAGCCAAGUGAUCUUAUUCUCUUGUGGUUGGCUGCUGGCGUCACAUUCACUUGCGGUUUCUGCUGUUUGUCCGUUCUGUCUGAAUUGAACCGAGCGUAUUAUAUAAAACAUGCCACGACGUCGGAAAGACAUGAUCAGCGGAAGCGUCACGGUGUCGUCCGUGAGUCGCGGAUAUUCACAACUUCAUCACAGGUCGAUUGUCACGAAAGAGAAGCCCCAACAGCGAAACGGUAAUAGCAGUUCGGCAAAUGCAAGAGAACGUGCUCGGAUGCGUGUGCUUAGUCGAGCUUUCUGUCGCUUAAAGACGACCUUACCUUGGGUUCCAGCCGACACAAAGCUAUCUAAACUUGAUACUCUACGAUUGGCUACAACUUAUAUCGGACACCUACGAGCGGUAUUGGUGGAAGGUAGCACUGCUGGAAGAACUUCGCCCGUUACCUCUCAUCCGGUUGUGUCCAUGAGUUGGCCAUUCAUGUUCAACAAGUCCGGCAACGGUCAGACAAAUUCCUCGUCAGAUAGCGGGUCUGAUUCGCCCACCUCAAGCGUUGAUCACUUUAACCUCCACGAGUGCAUGGCUGAAGAUGAUCACCAUUUGCAAAAUCAAUUACAGCAGUCCUCGCAUCAUCAGAACAAUAUCCGAGAUGAGAUCCCCGUGGUCGAAUCAAGCUACCAGAUACAUCAACAACAGCACCGAAUCGACUAUUCAAAUAUCCCCGCGAGCCUUAACUAUUGCGGCCACCUCGCUGAAUUGCAAUAGAUUUAUUUAUAAAAAUUGUUUCCAUCUUUAAAACUGAUGAUUUUAUCCUUAAGUAAUGACAUUUCUAAUGGGCAUGUGCACACGUCCUAGAUGUAGGACAGAUGUUCAUUUAUAAUAAAACGCAAGAUUUACCGCUAACCGAUGACUCAAA